ACAUUGGUCUAGUUAUAUUUUAACUUUGGUGCCUGCUUGGUGUCUUUUAAGCAGCCAUUCCAAAUUGACACCUAAAUCUAAUUCUGGCGCGCGUCCUUGUAUUCUUUCUAAACCAUCACCAUCAUCAUAUACACAUAGAAUUCUUCAUCAACUUUUCUUCUUCUUGCAUGGAUUCUCACAACACAAACCCAUAAAACAUCAUCAUGGUCACAGAUUCCAAACCCAUUCCCAACCACCGUGGUCUCAUCGUCGGAAAUUACACCCACGACAUCCUCCUCCACAAUAACAACAUAAUCGCUGAAUCCCUCGGCGGCGCCGCCUCCUUCAUUUCCACCGUUCUCGAUUCCCUCUCUCUCCCUUUCCAUCUCAUCUCUAAAGUGGGCCCAGAUUUCUCCCACAAAACAGCCCACCUUCCUCUCGUGGUCCCCACUUCUCAAACAACCCUCUUCCAUGCCCACUUCGGAUCAAAUCACCCCGACCGGAUUCUCAGACGGGUCAAAUCAUGUGAUCCAAUAACCCCGUCUGAUAUCCCGGCCGGGGCGAGGUUUUUAUUCGGAAUGGCUGUUGGUGUCGCUGGGGAGAUUCUCCCGGAGACAUUGGAAAGAAUGCUUGAGAUUUGUGAUUAUGUUUUCGUUGAUGUUCAGGGUUUGAUUCGAAGAUUUGAAGAUGAAGAUGGGUGUGUGAGGCAUGUGGGGUUGAAGGAGAGUGGAUUUUUUCAUCUUUUGCCAAAGGUUGCGUUUUUGAAAGCUUCUGAAGAUGAAGCUGAGUUUAUUGAUUUGGAGGAAGUGAGAAAAUGGUGUUGCGUGGUGGUCACGCAUGGGAAAGAUGGGUGUGAGGUUUUCUCGAAAGAUGGGUGUUUGAUGGUUGAUCCUUUUGAAGCUUGUCAGGUUGAUCCAACUGGGGCAGGGGAUUGUUUUCUUGGUGGGUUUGCUGCUGGGAUUGUAAAGGGUUUGGGUGUGUAUGAUGCUGCUUUGUUGGGGAACUUUUUUGGUUCUUUGGCUGUUGCACAAGUUGGGCCACCCAAAAUUGAUUUGAACUUGGUUCAGGUGGUUAAGGAAGAGAUGAACAAAAGGAAGGUACAUGACUCUCCCUGCUUAGGAAAAAUAAAUGAGCUGCUGGUGUUCCGGAAGUCACAUGAUCAAGAUCAAUUCUAUAAAUCUCUUGUUGCUGCCAAAGACAUGAUAAUGUGUCACACUCAAAAAAAUGGGUGGAAUCUGCUGAGCUCUUCCAAAGAGGUGGAGCAAAAUAAUGUGAAGGCAAAACUAGUACUAAAUUCUGUCCAACAGGAACCAAUUCCAAGUGUUGUUGGUAGUGAACCCUAAUAUCUUGGCACCCUCUUUACAAUCACUUCACUUGAAGUAAGUGAUAUUUCAUUUUAUGGUGUUUUUUGUACACCAAGUUUGACAUGUAGCUUAAUUGUAGUUAUAGCAGUGCUAAAUUACUAAUGAAAUGUUCUUUUAAAAUAAAAAACAAAUUGAAAUUCCAUUUUGUA